AUGAGCACCGAGUCAUUGAAUGCGCUAAAUUGUUCAGGAAUUCCCCAACACUGGUUAGUUCUUAAAAUCGGUGUUCCUGUGAUGCUUCUUCGCAAUAUUGACCAAUCCAAUGGACUAUGCAAUGGUACGCGCAUGCAGGUUAGACGUCUUGGUGACCAUAUCAUUGAGUGCGUCAUCUUAGCAGGUCGUAAUACUGGUGAUGUUGUAUUUAUUCACAGGAUGAACAUGUCACUCAAUAACGAUACAUUACCAAUCAGGUUUACUCGACGUCAAUUUCCAGUUACUCUUUGCUUUGCGAUGACCAUAAACAAGUCCCAAGGUCAAACGCUGUCAACAGUUGGCGUCUAUCUUCCGAGGCCUGUUUUUACUCUUGGUCAGCUUUAUGUUGCGCUUUCUCGGGUUAGCAUGCAUUCUGGACUGAAGAUUUUAUCUGUUGAUUCUAACGGCAAAGUUUCAGAUCAUACUAUUAAUGUUGUCUAUAAAGAAGUUUUUACCGGGAUGCUACCUAACUUUCUCCCUUGA